CCUCCAAGCCUCUCUCUCUCUCUCUCUCUCUCUCUCUGUGUCUGAGCUGCAACUAUGGCCGAUGCUUCUAUAGCGCCCACGCCGCUUCUCAAGGAUGAGCUCGAUAUCGUGAUUCCGACGAUCAGGAAUCUCGAUUUCCUCGAGAUGUGGAGACCAUUCUUCCAGCCUUACCAUCUCAUCAUCGUCCAGGACGGUGAUCCUACCAAGACCAUUACCGUUCCCGAUGGCUUCGAUUACGAGCUCUACAAUCGCAAUGACAUCAAUCGGAUCCUUGGUCCUAAGGCUUCCUGCAUCUCCUUCAAGGACUCCGCUUGCCGCUGCUUCGGUUACAUGGUCUCUAAGAAGAAGUAUAUCUACACUAUUGACGAUGACUGCUUUGUUGCUAGCGAUCCGUCUGGAAAAAAGAUCAAUGCACUCGAACAGCAUAUCAAGAACGUUCUCAGUCCAUCCACACCCUUGUUUUUCAACACCCUAUAUGAUCCUUACCGUGAGGGUGCAGAUUUUGUUCGAGGCUACCCUUUCAGUCUCCGUGAAGGUGUUCCGACUGCUGUUUCUCACGGCCUCUGGCUUAACAUCCCAGACUAUGAUGCACCUACGCAGCUUGUGAAGCCUCUUGAGAGGAACACUAGGUAUGUGGAUGCGGUUUUGACCAUUCCAAAGGGAACUCUAUUCCCCAUGUGUGGAAUGAACUUGGCAUUUGAUCGUGAGCUUAUUGGACCUGCCAUGUACUUUGGUCUCAUGGGUGAAGGUCAGCCCAUAGGACGCUACGAUGACAUGUGGGCUGGUUGGUGCGUUAAGGUGAUCUGUGAUCAUUUGGGAUUAGGAGUGAAAACGGGUCUUCCCUAUAUUUAUCACAGCAAGGCUAGCAAUCCAUUUGUAAACCUGAGGAAAGAGUACAAAGGCAUAUUCUGGCAGGAAGAGAUCAUCCCAUUCUUCCAAAAUACUAUUCUCCCAAAAGAGGCCACCACUGUGCAAAAGUGCUACAUUGAACUCGCCAAGCAAGUCAAGGACAAGCUCUCCAAGGUAGAUCCUUACUUUGACAAGCUGGCAGAUGCUAUGGUUACUUGGAUUGAAGCUUGGGAUGAACUUAACCCUCCUACCAAAGGGUCUCUUCCCAACGGGAAAGCAUAAAUCAGAUUUGAUUAGCUUUCAACAGCCUCAGAACUUAUAACUGCUAUCCAUAUAUUUAUGUAGUGUUUCUUGUCCUAUUUAAACGCUUUGUUAUCACCCAAUAUGCAGCAUGAUUGGCUGCAAUUUAAUUGUUUUAAACUUACUGCUGCUUUGAGUAAGUAGAGAGGCAAAUAAAAUAUAGUGGUCUAGGACGUUGCUUUCUUUUGAAUUUGUUGUUCGACGGAGGUACAGAUCAAGAUCACAGGAGGGUCAUGUCAAUCUGAGGUUAUAGAGAACUUGUAUGUAUGCCCUAUUAUUGCCGAGUAUAGAUCAAUAUUUGAUCAAAUUUAAAAUUUUACAAA